GAUCCAUUUAAAAAUAAAUCAUAUCAAAACUUAGUUAAGUUAUUCUAAUGGAUCAUAAACAUUUAUCAAGAUUCUUUUAAAAACAAAAAAUUAAAAAAAAAGAAAAAAAUUUUGAGGAUGAACUCAAACUCUGUUCCAUUUAUUGAUACAUUCUACAUGAUAUGACUUUUAACAUGAUAACUAUAUGGGAUUUGUUUUAAUAUUUGGAUAUAUAUAAAUUAUAUAUCAGAACCAAUUUUCCUAUAUUUGUAAGAUAUUAAUUUGUCCCACGGAAGGAAAAUUGUACUUCCAUGAACUAAAAGUACCUUUCUUCUUCAUGGUGAAUAACUCUUCAAGAAUAAGCCAAAACUGUUGAUAAACUCAUUUUUGUACUACUCUUUUGAACCCUCAAUAUUUAUGCAAUAACUCUAUGUAGCAUUCGUAAACGUUCUCACGUACUGGUAGAGUGGUUGAUUAGGCCGAUCUUCACCACCCGUGAUUAACCAUUCACGCUAGUUCAUGGAAAACGUCCCAUGAUCCAAGAGGCCCAACAAGGACAUAUACAUUGUCAAUAAAACAUUGAAUAUGAAAAUUAUUUGUUACAGGGAAAAAGAAAACGUUUAUGCAAUACUAUAACUAUUAAAAAAGAUUACAAUAUUAUUCAUUAUGUUAACAACUGCAUUAAAUUUUCUUACGGAUAAACGUAAACGAUUUCAUCGUUCUGAUACAAUGCCAGCUUUUACAAAUGAUUCCAAUUUUUUUAAAUUAACUUCAGAUAAUCAAAUUAUUGAAAUUGACAAACACUCAAAUGUAAACAAAGGAAUUAAUGAUCAUGAUAAUGAUGAUGACAAUAUUAACACUACUAAUACUAGUAAUACUAAUAACGAUGGAAUAACUUUUACUAAUAUACACAAAAGAGGUACUGAUCAUUAUGAAGGUGAAACAUUACCGGAUAAAAGUAUUUCUUAUCGAGAUGACUUACCAUCAUCAUCAUCAAGAAGUUGUACACAUGAAAAACUGUUUGAAAAUAAUGAUGCUAAUGAUGCAGAUGAUGAUGAUGAAGGUGGUGGUGGUGGUGAUGAUGAUAAUGAAUGCAAUACUAGUCUUGUAAAUUUUCCUUCGUUUACAUUAAAUGACAAAAAUUCUAUAGAAAGUAUAAAGAUAUCAUGUAAAGAGCAUUUAUCAGUUGGUAAUUUAGAUAAAUAUCAGUUUUUAGAUCUUGAAACAAAUUUAUAUCGUCAUGGUAAAAAUCAUUUGAAUAGUUCUAUUAAUGAAAACAUUCCACGUCGUUUAUCUCAUGGUUAUAGUCUAAGCAAUGUACAAGUUCCAUUAGAUAAUACAAGUAUAAAAAGUGAUGUUUGUUCAUCAGUUACUUUUUCAAGAAAGGCUUUCAAUGAUAUACAUCAUAAUUUUAAAGAUAGAAAGAUAAAUGAUUCAUCUAAAUGUAGAAAAUUUGAAAGUACUAAAUCAUUACGUUUUCCGACUGAAUUGAAAGAUUCUUUUACUUUUAUUUCUGGUGAUUCUAAUACAGAACAAACUAUAGAUUCUACUAUGAAAGUAUCAAAUAAAUCAAAAGUUGCUAAAAUGCGUGCAAGAGCAGUUGCAAGAGUUACUAAAAAUAAAUUGAAACGUUCCAAAAGUAGUGCAUAUAUGUCAAAACAUUUUCAAGAAUUAAAUUCCGAAGAUAACAACAAUAACAAUAAUAAUAUAAGAAAUCGUUCAUCUAGUACACAUCGUAAUUCUGAUAUUCAUUAUAAAGAACAACAUUUAACUGAUAAUAAAAUACAUUCUAAUUUAAUGAAAAAUUGGAUUGAUAAAACACCUCGUAUUCGUUCAGAUAUAUCACCUCAAAAUAUUACAAAUACUACUAAUAAUAAUACUAAUAAUAGUAAUAUAUAUGAAAUAACAAAUAUGAAUGAAUAUUUUGAAGAACUUGUUAAUAAAGCUAAUACUUAUAAAUUUCAAAUUAUCAAUGCACAAGAUUAUUCUAAUCCAAUUAACAACAUCACUAAAACUACUAAUGACACUAAUGAUAAUGACAAUAAUAAUAAUGAUAAUAUUACCAUGACAACUGAUAAUUAUAUUGCAAAAAUGUUAUUCAGUCGUAAUUACAAUUCAACAUUACAUAAUAAUAAUACUACUUAUAAUAAAUUAAAUCGUUAUUCAGUAGUAAAAAAAUUACGUCGAAAUAAUUCUAGUAUAACAUAUUCUAAUGAUCAAUUAACAUUAUUAUCAAAUAAUAAUGAUCAUACAAUGAUUACAACAAAUUCAACAGCUGGUGAUUUAUUACUUCCAUUAACUAAUAAUAAUAAUAAUAAUAAUGACGUAAUGAAAAAUUUAAUUGAUCAAUUUUUUCUAAUGAUUAAAUAUAAUAAUUAUAAUCAAUUUUUUAAAUUAUAUAAUCAAUAUAAAAAAUUAUCUAAUAAACAAUUAAAACAAAUUCAUAUAGCAACUAAUCAAUUUGGUUUUACAUUAUUAGAUUGUACACAAUUUAAUUCAUCUUUAUUAUUAUAUUCAUAUUUAUUAAUAUGUGAAUUUUUACCAGGUCCUUAUUUUCAAUCAAUUUUAUAUUGUCAUCCAAAAUAUUAUUCAUUAUAUAAAUUUAAUAAAAUUAAUCAAUAUUUAGAAAAUUUAUUAGAUGAAAAAGAAAUUCAAUUAAAUAAAUGUAAAUUAGAUACAAAUAAUACAAUUACAUUAAUGAAUCAAUUAAAUAUAAUCGAUAAUAAUCAGAACAAAUAUAAUAAUACUAAUAAUAAUACUAAUAAUAAUAAUAAUACUAAUAUUAGUAAUAAUAAUAGUAUUAUUAAUAAUAAUAAUAAUGAACAAUUAAAUAAUACAAAAAUAUUCGCAGAAAUUUCUAGUAAAGAAAAACAAUUACAAUUAUUAAUUGAUGAAUAUGAUUAUUUAAUGAAGCUUAUUUAUAAUUAUAAUAAAUUACCUAAUUAUACUAAAUCACCUCAUAAAGUGAAUAUAUUUUUAUAUUCAUCUAAUUCUAUAUUAAUUCGUAUAAGUCCACCUAAAAUCAAUAAAUUUAAUAAUAAUAAUAAUCAUAAUAAGAAUGAUGAUUAUAAUGAUGAUGAUAAUGAUCAUGAUCAUGAAUUAGAUCAUAGUUCAUAUGAUACUACUGAUAAUGAAUUGAAUCAAGAUUUUUUAAAUGAAGGACGUAAAAUGAAUGAUAUCAAUCAUAUUUCUAAUGAUAAUUUAAUAUUACGUUAUUGUAUAGAAUGGUCAACAUGUCCAAAAUUUUCUAAUACAAAUGAAUUAUAUCAUUGUAUAGUAAUACCACCAAUACGUAUGAUUAAACCAAAUUUAAAUAAAAUCAAACAAAAUCAAUUGAAUAUAUUACGUGUAGGUUUUUAUUAUUUAAAUAAUUUACCAGAAAAUAAAAUGAUAUUUAUACGUGUUUAUGCAUUUUCUAUAAAAGGAUGGUCAGAACCAUGUUAUUCUAAUCCCAAUGGUAUUAUAUUAUCAUCAUGGAUACAUAAUAAAUUAUGUGAACAAUAUCAAACUAUAAUACAACAUGAUAAUUUACAUUUAUCAUAUACAAAAUAUGUUGAUUGUUCAUUAAAUAAACAAAUUGAUAUAUUAAAAAAUGAUUUAUUUAAACAACUUUCUACAUGGACAAAUAAUUUAUCUAUCCAUUCGAAUACUACUUAUAAUAAUAAUAAUCCAAUCAAUAUGAUAGAUGAAACAAAUAAAAGAACAAGAUCACCAUUAUUACAAAGAAAACGUUCAUUUAGAUUUCCUUUCAGUAAUAAAGGCUUAAAAUUUGUUAAACAAACUAAAUCUGGUGUUUAUUUAGCUUUAAUAUACCAUACACCAAUACAUCCAAUGACAUCUACUACUAAUGAUAAAUUAAAUUAUAAAUCUAAAAUUUUAUUAACUGAUGAUUAUAUACCAAUAAUUAAUAUAUCACGUGAUGAUUAUACUAAUGAAUCUAUUAUAAAUUCUGAUUUUAAUUGGUUUUCUCGCUUAGUAUCUGAUUCAUUAAUAGAUAUAGAUUUACAAUUAUUAUAUGAUAAUCAUAUAACUAAUACAUCAUUACCAACAAAUUUACAAUUACGUGUACGUUUAUUAGAAAUAAUACAAAGAUUAAAAUUAUUAUUUAAUUUAUCUAAUCUUGGUAUUGUCUAUCCAGAAAUAAUACGUACACAAUUAAUUGAUCCAAAUUUAAUUAAUUUAAAAUUAAUAAAAAAUGAAACUUUUGAUCUACAAGAUCAAAUAUCUACAUUAAAAUUAUCAAUAGAAACAAAUGAUUCAAUAAAUUCAAAUACAAAUUAUGAUAAUCAUUUAAAAUUAACAUCCACUUAUUUAUUUAUAUUACUUAAACAAAUUAAUAAUCCUAAUGAUAUAAUAUUAACAAAUAAUUUAAAAUGGUGUAAUUUUGAUAAAUUUUUAAAACAAAAUAAAAUUAAAUUAAAAAAUAAUUUUUUUCAAUUUAAUUCAAAUACUGAAUUUAUUAAUUAUAGUAGUAUAAUGAUAAAUAUGACAAAAAAUUUAUUAUUACCAACUAUUUAUUCACAUUUAUUAACUACACGUGAUAAUCAAAUUUAUAUAUUACCUGAAUCACAACUUAUUAUUAAUUUAGAUAUAUUAUUAAAUUAUUCAAUAAAACAUAAUAAUCUAUUAAAACCAGGUUUAUAUAUUGUAUUAUUACAAAUGAAAGCUAAUAUAGAUCAACAAGCAACAAUAUUAAUAUCAAAUACAUUAUCAAUUAUACAUAUGUUACCAUGUGAAAAAAUUCGUACACGAUCUCAUGUUAGUUAUAAUGAAUGGUAUAGUUUAUGUAAAUUAAUUAAUAAAACUAAUGAAAAAUUAGAAAAUAAUUUUUUUAAUUUAAACUAUAAUGAAAAAUAUUUUAUAAUAAAAUUUAUAAAAGCCAUAAUGAAAUUAUCUAAUCGUUUAUGUUAUCCUAUAAAUCAUUUGAAAAUGUUUCGUAUAUUUUUACCAGAAAUAAUAAAAAUUUCACCAGUACAUUCAUUUAUUAUAUUAUUACCUCCUAUAGAUCAAGUAUGUUUACCACCAACAUCAAUAAUAUUACCAUCAUCAUUAACACCACCAAAUUGUUCAUGGAUAUCAAUGACAUAUUUUGAAAGAAAUUUAGGUAUUAAUUAUGAUUCAUUAUUUUAUAAUCCAAUACAUUAUUUAAUAUCAUUAUUAGAAUUAUUAAUACCAUUAUCACAAUUUAUUCAAAGACAAUGUUUAAAUGAAUUAGAUUUAAUACAAAUAACUGAACGUACACAAUCAUUACAAAUGAUUCAAACAAAUUUAGAAAAUCUUUAUCAAUCAAAAAGAUGGUUAAGUGAUACAAUAUCAAUUGGACGUGAUCGUAAAAAAAUGUAUAAUUUUCAUAUUACUAUAGAACAAAUUAUAAAUGAAUAUAAUGAAAUUUUAAAACCAUAUUUAAUUAAAUCAAAUAAUGAAACAUUAACUAAUGAAACAAUAAACUUUAAUGUAUUAUUACAUAAUAAUGAAUCUACUGGGUUGAAUAAUGAAAAAACAGUAAAACCUAGAUCAUCAUCUGUACAUAGUGAAUUAUUUGAUAUUGUAGCUGUUUCUAAACGAAUAGAUAGAAGUACAUUACCUUGUUCUCCAACUGAACCAAAACAUAUUGGAAAGAAUUCAGUAAUACAUGUUUAUACAGAUUAUCCAACAGGAUUAAAUCCUGGAGUAUCAGUACGCCUUCUAAUCAAUAUCCGUACAACAGUUGGUGAAGUAAUUGAUACUGUAGUAAAACAAUUGUUAGAAACUGCGGAUAGGAAAAUUUUUACAACAGCAGAAAAUAAUGAUUCACCAACCGCUUUAUGUUCUUUUGACUUUACUCGAAAUAAUGUAAAACAUAAUUUAGAAAAUCAUUUAUUUUGUUUAACUGUAUCUGUUGGUCAACUUGAACGUUGUUUACCAAAUACUGUACGUUUAGCUUUACUUAGAAGACCAUGGAAGUUUGGAAAAUUAACAGUUCGUUUUCUUAAUGAUUUACCAGAAAAUAUUCGACAUCAAAUAACUUUAAAUCCUGUUGAAUCUAAACAUUCUGGUUUAUCGAAUCAAAUUGUAUCUCCUUUACUGACAGUUACUCUUGUUGAACCUAAUUUAAAACAGGCUAAUAUUAAUUCACCUCCAAAGAUUCUACACUAAAUAUUUUCAAUUCAUAUUUAAUAAGCUAAAACAAAAUUACGAUUUACAGUUUAUAAAUAUACAUAUAUUUGUAAAAGCCACCUUACAGUCAAUUGACUAACUUCUAUUUCAGGGGAUAUAAUUAUAUUUCACAAUUGAAUGUAUAUUAAAGUAUUCAAUGACAGAAAUCCUUCAACAUUUCAAUGUAAACAACAAUCAGUUAACAUCUAGACUAUAACCUACUUAUCCUUUAGUCUUUCUUAUUGAUAAUAACAGUAAUAAUGCGUCUUCUUUUUUCUCUUUUUCUGCCUACCUAUUCUAAGUUCUGUUCUCUGUAUAGAAGCUUUCUCUUGGUAAAAAAAAAUAAAGGUAAAUAAAAAUUUACAAAACAGGAUUGUAAUAAUUCAUCUCUAUUAAUUGUACUGUUUAAUUUUUUUGCUUGUAAAAUAUAUUAACCUCAAUAUUGAAUUUGCAACGUC